UAUUGGUAUUUCAACCAUAUCAGAGAGUUAAACCAUGCUCAUCAUGUCCCCUAUGCACUACGCAACUGCAUGUUUCAUCACUUUUUUCUUGUACAUCUCUGUAUGUAAAGCACAAUAUGACUAUGAUUAUGAAGAGAACGUACCCAAAACCUGCAACACAUCUGAGUCCAUCAUUGGAGGCACGGUGGAGUAUUCCAAUGGCAGAGCUGCAGGUAGUCUGCUAAUUUAUCACUGCAGUGAUGGAUUCGAACCUUAUCCAAUCAAACAAAAAGUCUGCAGCUCUGCUGGAGAAUGGGAGCCUAAGGUAUCCAAGGUCAAGUGUGAAGAAACCAGUGAUUAUGGAGAUUAUGAGGAACCACAGAAGAACUGCUCUUUGGACGUGUCCAUAAAGGGAGGUAGCGUGUCCUACUCCAGUGAGGGAUUGGAGGGAAGUGUGUUGACCUAUCACUGCAAGGCAGGACACUAUCCUUUUCCGGCAUCGCAAAGAGUCUGUGACAAAGAUGGGGAAUGGUCAGCCAUGAGACUUCCAAAUGGAAAGAGAACACUCAAUGCUGUGUGCAAGGAAAUCCUUUGCCCUGCUCAACUUCAGCUUGACAACGGGCAGCUCUGGCCCAGGAGACAGUGGUUCAGGAUUGGAGAAAAGCAGACAUUUUCUUGUCAUGAAGGAUUUGUUUUGACUGGAUCUGCUGAGAGGAACUGCACUCAGUGGGGUGUAUGGACCGGUUCUACACCCGUGUGUGAUGACCAGUCGGAGGACUGUAAAAACCCAGGUACACCUCCAGGGGCCUUACGUUCUGGGGAACGUUUCCUUAUCGGAGACAAAGUGCACUAUCUGUGUCAGUCAGGUCUUGAUAUACUUGGCCCCUCUGAGAGACAGUGUUUGGAUUCAAGGGAAUGGAGCGGGGCAGAACCACGCUGCUAUGCCCAGUACUCAUUUGAUCAACCAGAUGUCAUAGCUCAGGCUUUAGGAGGAUCUCUGACCGCAGUCAUGGACGUGUCUCUCCCUGACUUCAAAAAGAAAGCGCAAUCUUUGGGCAGGACUGUCAGGGUUGCAGAAGGUCGCCUGAAUGUCUUCAUCCUUUUGGACACAUCAGCCAGCAUUUCACAGGAGAGUUUUCACUUAGCAAAAAAUGCCACCAUUCAACUCGUCCGUAAGCUGGAUAGCUAUGAAGUCAACAUGAGGUUUGACAUCGUCUCAUAUGCCAGUGAGCCCAAAGAAAUUGUGUCCAUUACAAACGACCUGAGUCAAGAUGUGCAUUAUGUCUUGAGGAAAUUAAAAGAGUUUAGCGACAAAAGCCACGGGAGUAAGAGAGGCACCAAUCUGCAUAAAGCCCUAGAAAGGGUGUAUAAUCAGCUUGCUCUUCUCAGGGAGAAUAAAAGAAGGCAGUUCAAUGAGACUCAGAACGUCAUAAUCAUUGCAACUGAUGGCCACGCCAAUAUGGGACCCAGCCCACAAAGCAUUUUACCUAUGAUCCGAAACUUAUUCGGCUACAAACCCAGCAGUGUAGACCACACACAAGAGGAGCUCUUGGAUGUGUAUGUAUUUGCUGUUGGACAAGAAGUUAACAGAAAAGAACUCACAGGCAUUGCCUCUUCCAAGAAAGACGAGCAGCAUAUUUUUGUUCUAAAGGACUACAGACAUCUCGGACUUGUGUUCAAUCAAAUGAUCAGUGAUUCUGCUGUGACUAAGUGUGGAUUGGCACAAGAGGAGCAGCACAAUUCUGAAACCACUUACACCAGACCUUGGCACGUCAAUAUUAUUUGGGGAGUUCGAACAUGCAGAGGGUCUAUACUGACGAAAAGCAUGGUGUUGACAGCUGCACACUGCUUAAUAAAAGUGGAUGCAGAUGAACCUGUUUCAUCAGCCAGUGCUGCUGAUAUAACAAUUCGCCAUGGUAAUGGUGAAGUUAAAGCCAUGGAGCUGUUUCUUCAUCCACAGUUUAAUUUGAGAGGCCUUAAGGACAAGAAUGUAAAAGAGUUUUAUGAUUACGACAUUGCUCUGAUCAGGAUGAGUGAAAACAUAACAAUAUCUAUGAAGGCAAGGCCCAUUUGUUUGCCUUGUACCGGUUCGUCAAAUCGGGCUCUCAGAUUGGGUCCAGACUCUACAUGUGACCAGCACAAAAAGAUCCUGAUUCAUCUGGAUGAGACUCCAGCUGAGUUCAUCAGACAGGGAACUCAUCGAUCAAACACGCUCAUACAUACUGGUGCAAAAAGAGGUGAAUGCAUACAGAAGGCAAGAUCCACCAUUAAUGUGCACAGCACCGCAUCUCUGUUGGAAGUGAUCACAGACAGGUUCAUGUGCACUGGAGGAACAGAGAAAAACAGACAUGAAAUGACUUGUAAAGGGGAUUCUGGCGGAGCUCUCUUCCUACGUAAGAGGAUGCGAUAUUUCCAAGUGGCAGUCGUGAGCUGGGGCACUAAGCAGAUCUGUGGCUCACAAACAGAUGUUAGAGUCGACUGGCCUCUUGAUGCGCGAGAUUUCCACAUCAGCGUGUUCUCUCUGAUGCCCUGGCUCAAGCAGCACCUUCACGAGGAGCUGGCUUUUCUUCCUUAGCAGGACAACAGAGAAUAACAAACACAUAAAACUAGGCAGAUUUAACAGAUUACUGAAUGUUUUCAGACUUGCAUGCUUCAGUGCAAGAGAAUAAAUAAUAAUGUGACUAAAAACAGAUUUUUUUUGUAAUCCCUACUGAAAGAUCCUUUGCUUUAGGUAAUUGACUUGUAGGAGACACUACAAAUGUAAUGUUCAUAAAAUGACUGUUGUAAGGAUAUUAAGUGCCUCAGAUAAAUACACACAAGUUCCCUUCUCUUUGUUGAAGAUAUUAUUUGCCUUACCUUUAUAAGUCACUUUUUUUGUUACAAAAUAACGUUUUGUGUACCCGCACAAUAGCACACAUAAUUUGUUGUUCUGAUUUUCACGUGUGUUUUAUGUAAUAGUUGACACAUCUAUAGUCUUGAAAAGAGGUACAAGUAUCCACAUAUGUGUAGAGGUUAAACACCUACAUAUAUGGUAAGCUGAAAUAGGAGGCCUUAAUUUGUUCAUUUGGCUAUCCAAUCACUUUUGAAAAUCAUUGUUCUAUGAUAAAUUAAUACACACAACAAGAAGAGUCUAUAAACUGUGUAUCUGACCAGUAAACUGUAAGAAGAGACGUGAAGCACA